UGCAUUUGGUUGUCAUCAAUAUUUCAAACGUUUCAUCUUUCAUAGAACAUCAGUCUGGUGUUUUUGUUCACAAGAUCUAAAUGUCAAUCACUAAUAUAACGAAUUAAUCUAAACCUCCAAAAUAUCAUCAAAUAUUUGAAGUAAUGUAAAUGCAAUGUGCACAGCAGUAUAUUUUUUCUACAAGUAAUGCAUUACAUCAAUUUACCAUUACUCUGUAAUGCAAAAAAUGGCCCAUUACACAUCACACCUCCAUUACACUGAAAUUGGCACUUUUUCUUACGGAGUGGAUGGGAGUUAUUUUUUCACUGGGGAAAUUCUAUGCUGGACCCAAUUUUACGGGCACAAGUCUAAACGGGACCCGAUUUUCCGGGCUGGGGGGGGGGGGGUCUAUAACGUAACGUAAAUCAUACGACACUGGUCCUAAUUCACGUAAAUUCUGCGCAACAAAGAGAAAAGAGAAUUAUGGGAAAAUAGAAUUUCACGAGUGUAAACAUAUUGCCAAGACCAUGCCCAGUCUUGAUGUCAAUGGUAUCGUUUUUAUUGCUUUUUUUUUUUUUUUUUACCAAUGGUCAUCUAAGAUGUCUUUAUCGCCGCAUCCAAAACACUUCAUUCGUGUCCUCAACCUUGAUACAGGUUCUACUGUUGUGCUAGAACAACCUCAACACAAUACAAUUUAGAUCAGAAGCAUAAAUUUAAGAGACCAUCAAUUUUGCUUCAACCUUUAAGCAUAGCAGAGUUAUCUUUCUUUGAUUUUAUUACAAUCACACAAUGAUUUCUAUAUAUUACAGGCAAUACCGUGGAAUCAUUUCAAUUCGUGGGAGCCAAUGUUCGUGGGUAAGCAAAAUUUUGCUGGUUCGUGGGGACGUAAUUUCGUAAACGAUACGAUGUCACUAGGAGAGAUAACUCUACUUGGUUUUAAAAAAUGUUCGAGGACACAUAAAUUCGUGGGUGACCCACAAAAUCCACGAAUAUUAAUCCCCCACGAACAAUGAGGAUUCCACAGUGUACACAGUGAUAUGAUAUGCGACAGUGCACGACCGUAUAUGCGACAGUGCACGACAGUAUAUGCGACAGUGAACGACUGUAGACAAUGUAUUCAUAUUCCUGGGUACUAAUGACAGCCUUUAUUUUUUUUUCACAAGAAGUGUCUUGAACCAUGAAACCGGAAUUUGGAAACCACCUCCUUUUAUGUUCAGUUUUUGCCUACAGCAUUAACACUAAAGACAACUUGUUUUCCCCGUUUCGUAUAUUCACUGUCAGCAUUCGUGUUCUCUGUUAAUAUUUUUUUUGUUUUAUUUUAUUAGAAUUUAAACUAAUAAAUUAUCGAAUAAAGUAUGACUACCAUCGCACUUUUUAAGAUGCGAGACAUAUAUAAAUAGAAUCAUCUAUCAACCUCAGAAAAUUGCAAUUUUACUUCAACAGCAUUAUCAAAAUUUCAGAAACAACUGGUUAAAACGCACGAUAUAAUAGUAUUCAUAAUAGUUUCAUGAAACUGUUUCUUUACAAAACUAUUCAAAGUUUCUGUAACAAAUAAAGAAAACCCAUCGCAUAAUGAACUUGAUCACGUAUUCAAUGAAAAUACAGUUAUCGCCCUUAGAUUCAAUAUUUUGAAACAUAUAUUAAUUGAUUAUUCAUAAAAUAUCAUUUAAACUUUUGAAAUAUUUUAUGUUUAACAAAGUGGUUUUUUUUUUAUAUACAAUAACCACUGUAAAUGACUUCAACAAAAUUUAUGGUAAUACCAUGCAUAAAUCUAAAUGAAUAAUUGAUUUUACAAAUCUUAUGACGUCACAGGAGGGAACUAUUUCAUGCAAGGAUUCUAACACAACACUGUGACAUCAUAGACUGUCACAAAAUAGUGCACAAGAUGUCAAGGAUUCCUGUAUUUCCUUUGGUAUUCAAAAUGUAUGAACGGUAAAAGAAGACUCCUUGAUGACGAUGGCAUCAGUGGUAAAGUUUUAACUUGUGAGAACGGCAUUUGGUACGUUGAGGAUGACAUCUGUCAGAGACGUGAGGAUUUCGUGCGCGCGCAGCUGAAUUGGGAAGAGUCCCCGGCAAUUUUUGUGUACCCUACUUCCAUAGACAAAUGGGUUUCCGGAAGAAUAAUACGGGAAGGCAAAUGGGAAGAACAGCAUAUACAGAGAAUUCAUAAAAUUCUCAAAUCAGACCCCUCAUUGAUAUUUCUCGACAUUGGAGCAAAUGUUGGAGCAUUUUCCCUGACAAUGGCAGAGCUUGGGAAUCGGGUAAUUGCAAUAGAUGCUUUAGGUGACAAUGUUGCACGACUUUGUGCCUCAAUGAAGAUUAAUCAGUUGCAGAACAGAAUGUCAAUUAUUCAUAAUGCACUGUCAUUCAAACAAGAAAAAGUUUCUCUGGGAAAAUUUCAUCUCAAUGUCGGGGGAACAUUUGUGAAACGAAUGGGCGUGUCUGCAAAUGAUGACGUAAUAGUAAUCGACGCCAUUUUAUUGGACGACCUUCUAGAUAUUUACGAAUUUGAAGGACAUGUCAUAAUCAAGAUGGACGUAGAAUCUUUCGAAGCAAAUGUUCUGAAAGGUGCAUCAGAAUUCUUUCAUCGUGUUCGUGUAGAUUGUGUUUUAAUGGAGUUUAUGGCACACAAGGGCAAAGAGAGUGGCGAUUUCAUUGUGGAGUUCCUAAAGCAGUUUGGUUUGGAAUCGGAAUUCACUAACAGUAAUCAUAGUUCUUGGCCGAUGGACGUUAUGUUUACCAGAAGAGUAAAAAAAAACAAACAAGGAAGUCCUUAACAGACUUCAGGAUGAAUAAACAGUUAGAAAAUUAA